AUGGCGGGACAAAAUGGGAUUUAUCUUUAUGAGCCCAGCCUCGCGGGCGCGCUGGUUGCUGCAGCCGCAUUCGGAGCCAGUGCUGUAUACCAUCUGCUCCAGUUGAUCCGAAAGCGAGCAUGGUUUUAUAGCUCCUUUGUCAUCGGCGCCUUUAUGAUGACGGCUGGUUACGUCUUUCGAUACAUAUCAGCAAAGUCACCCGCAGACCUCGGCCCUUAUAUUGCUCAAUCGCUCUUUAUUAUUCUCCCUCCUUCCCUCUACGCGGCAACAAUCUAUAUGAUCUAUGGUCGUCUCGUUCUCUUCGUCAAUGCACCAGAAGCCUCGAUUAUUUUACCUACGCGCGUAACCAAAAUAUUCGUCUGCGGCGACGUGCUGGCCUUUUUGUUACAAGCUGGCGGAGGUGGCAUGAUGGCGCAAGAAGGGAUGGCUAAAUUAGGCCAGACUCUUAUGCUCAUUGGUCUCUUUAUCCAACUCUUUUUCUUCGGUUUCUUUCUUACCAUCUCUCUCGUGUUUUGGAAGCGUAUGAGCGGCAAAGCUCUCAGCAUUCCACAGUACGGAAAAUACACGUGGCUGGCAUUGCUGAAGCUGCUACUCUGUGCCGCAGUUAUUAUUAUCUUGCGUUGCGUAUUUCGGGUUAUUGAGUUCAGUCAAGGGCACGACGGUUAUCUUGCCAGUCAUGAGGUGUACAUGUACUUGCUCGACACAGCGCCCAUGUUCAUUGUACAAGUCUUGUUCCAUAUGGUGCAUGCUGCUGAUAUCUUCGGCACAAGAGCGACGGGGAAAUUGGCAGACAACGAGAGCUACAUUGAUCUGUAUGAGAGGAGCGCCUGA